GCAGCGACUCCUGCGAUUCAAGCACACUCCACUCGAACGCCUCGAAAGUUAACCCAUUAAUUGGCUGGCAGUGUGCCGAAUGUCACUCGACUGCUCGCGUGUGUGAGCCGCAAUAAUAUCAAUAAAUUCCUUAACCAUAACUAUGCCAACUGCAGCUCGUUCUAAACCAAACCAAAACUAAACUGAACUAAGCCGAACUGAACUGAACUAAUCCAAACUAAACCAAGCCAGAGACCAAACAAAAUAGAGAAAAACUUGUUGAAGUACUUGAUUGAUGUGUGUGCCCAAUUGGCUGCCGAAUUGAGCGAGCGAAACCGAGAAGGAGUCUCCGCUGCCUGGGAAAAAGGCAUGCAUCGGGCUCUCCAGUUAGCCAGCCUCCGCCCAGCUCAGCUGCUCAACUUGUCGACUUUCGGCCCAGACCGCUGACCAGGCCAGGACCUGGCAGGAUCCUAGGAUCCAGGACGAAACAGAACAGAACGGGACACGGCCAGUCCUCAGCCAUGGCUGCUGAAUAAUUAAUGCAGUUUCGCUCCCCGGUGUUCGGCAAACGACAAAACUAAUUUAUGGCAUUAAAAAUGCAUAUUUUUUAGCAGUGCGUCGCCAGUUUUUAUCAUUUGCCAGUUGCCAGGAAGGCAAAAGGCGCAAUCCGCCAGCAGCUGUGCCAGAAAGGAAGGCUAAGAAGACACGUCGGUCGAGAAUUGGAUUUGACUGCGGAGGAUUUGGAGUCCGAGUCCGAAAGUUCUUUAGUCAGCAAUCGAAGGAACGUGGGAUAAUUCACAUUUUUUUUACGGGACUGGCAACGAAAUGGCUUUCCUAUGUGCACCGCUGGCCAGAGUAAUGACAUGGCGACCAUUGGUGACCUAUCGAUGAUCUCACCGCCCACGUCUUCCAUCUCGAACGACCAAGAUCCGUUUGGACAGCUGCCCCCGCUACCGCCGCCACUGCGUUCCACCCAAGUGCUCCAGCCGCUGAGCGUGUUUCCAGUGUCCAAUUUGAGCGAAGAUUCCUACGAUUAUGUUUUUGGUGGUCGACGUAAGACUCCGCCCACAACAACGUCAACACAACUCAAGCUGACCUCACCGCCGGUGCGUUUGCGACCCGAAGACGCCUAUCGCGGAGCCAACAUAAACAACGGAAGGUUCUAUCGUCACUCCUUCAGCUACGCCCCCAAGAGGCAGCGCCACUCGAGUCGGGAUGAUCGAGACCGCGAGUCUAGGUUGAGAUGUCAUGGCGAGGACGAGGCCACACUGCGCCAAUUGCUGCUCGAUUUGCAAAAGCAAGUUAGCGUGAUGAGCAUGAAUCUGUCAGCGAAACUCGAUGAGCUGCAGCGGGGAGAUCGACACCUGGAGACGACGGUCGCCCUGUGCGAGAUCCGCACGCAGCUCCAGGAGCUGACCAAGUCCGUGGAGAGCUGCCAGAGCGAAGUGUCCGAGGUGAAGCGGGACAUGGUGGCGAUCAAGCACGAGCUGGACACCGUGCAGCAGGUGAAGGAGGAGAUCGAGGAGCUGCGCGAAUACGUGGACCGACUGGAGGAGCACACGCACAGACGGAAGCUAAGACUUUUAGAACAAGUUUGUAGCUUAAAUUAUUUGCCAUGUUGUGGUCUCACCUUCUUCCUCACCUACUCGAUCUUCUCGGCGGUGCUGGGCAUGCUGCAGUUCGGCUACAACACCGGCGUGAUCAAUGCGCCCGAGAAGAACAUCGAGAACUUCAUGAAGGACGUCUACAAGGACCGCUACGGCGAGGACAUCAGCGAGGAGUUCAUCCAGCAGCUCUACUCGGUGGCGGUCUCCAUUUUCGCCAUCGGCGGUAUGCUGGGCGGUUUCAGCGGCGGCUGGAUGGCCAACCGCUUUGGCAGAAAAGGCGGCCUACUGUUAAACAAUGUGCUGGGAAUUGCCGGCGCCUGUUUGAUGGGAUUUACCAAAGUUAGUCAUUCCUAUGAAAUGUUAUUCCUUGGCCGAUUUAUAAUUGGUGUUAAUUGCGGCCUCAACACGUCGCUGGUGCCCAUGUACAUCUCGGAGAUAGCGCCACUGAAUCUGCGCGGUGGCUUAGGUACUGUUAAUCAAUUGGCUGUGACUGUAGGUUUACUAUUAUCCCAAGUGCUGGGCAUCGAGCAGAUCCUGGGCACCAACGAGGGCUGGCCCAUCCUCCUGGGCCUGGCCAUCUGCCCGGCGAUCCUGCAGCUAAUUCUGCUCCCCGUCUGCCCGGAGUCGCCCAGAUAUCUGCUCAUCACCAAGCAGUGGGAGGAGGAGGCGCGCAAGGCCCUGCGUCGACUGCGAGCUUCUGGUUCUGUGGAGGAGGACAUCGAGGAGAUGCGGGCCGAGGAGCGAGCCCAGCAGUCGGAGAGCCACAUAUCGACCAUGGAGCUGAUCUGCUCGCCCACCCUGCGUCCCCCCUUGAUCAUCGGCAUCGUGAUGCAGCUCAGCCAGCAGUUCAGCGGCAUCAACGCCGUCUUCUACUACUCCACGUCGCUCUUCAUGAGCUCGGGAUUGACUGAGGAGAGCGCCAAGUUCGCCACGAUAGGCAUCGGCGCCAUAAUGGUUGUCAUGACCCUCGUCUCCAUUCCGCUGAUGGAUCGCACGGGUCGCCGGACCCUGCACCUCUAUGGCCUGGGCGGAAUGUUCAUCUUCUCCAUUUUCAUCACCAUUUCGUUCCUGAUCAAGGAAAUGAUCGACUGGAUGUCCUACCUCUCGGUGGUGGCCACCCUCGGCUUCGUGGUCUUCUUCGCGGUGGGUCCCGGAUCGAUUCCCUGGAUGAUCACGGCGGAGCUCUUCUCCCAGGGCCCACGGCCCAGUGCCAUGGCCAUUGCGGUGCUGGUCAACUGGAUGGCCAACUUUGUGGUCGGCAUUGGUUUCCCCAGCAUGAAGACUGCCCUGGAGAACUACACGUUCUUGCCGUUCAGCGUGUUCCUGGCCAUCUUCUGGAUAUUCACCUACAAGAAGGUGCCCGAGACCAAGAACAAGACCUUCGAGGAGAUCCUGGCCCUCUUCCGGCACAACAACGGCAGGAGUAUGCUAAACUGCACAAAUAGCUUGGAGCCACAAAGUAUGAAUUCUGGCAUCGAGCAUGCCGCCUUGAUGGUAUCUGAGGAGAAGACCCAACAUGACUCACCUGCAUCCGAGCGAUUUUUAGAAGGCGGCCGAAGUACACACCAGGGCCGGAGCGCUGCCUCUGCGCCCCAUCACCCUCGUCAGCCUCCACCUGUCUGCCCGAGCAGCGGGCCUUGACUGAGGAGCGCCUCGCCUCCUGACUCUGCCAGUGUUCGUUCCACGAGUCGCGCUGAGGAGCCCCACCAGCCGCAUCAGCCGCAGGGUCACCAGCACCACCAGCAGGUGCACCACCAGUCCCGCUAUACCACACACGAAUACGUACACUGUAGCUAUGAGAAGGAAGUCGUAUGUGAUCAGGCCAACCCCUCGCUAACACAGCCACCACCAACACCCGUACAGCAGCCGCCACCAGUACAGCAGCCACCGCCAUUGCACCACUGCCAGCAGCGCAAGCACAGCCAUAGUCCGCACCACAGUCGCCACACCUCGCCGCACUCGCACCACCAUCACUCGCACCACAGUCGCCACCACAGUCGGAGGAGGCGGCAGGGCAGCGGAAGUCUGCCCGGUGCCCACCAGGCCUCCUCCUCCUCAGCGAACCACUCGGUGGUGCGUCCAUCGAUCUGCACCAGUCGUCGCCACCGCUCCGUUACCGAUAUAUCCACAACGAAUGCCUGCCAGGACCCGUCCUGCUCCGAUCGGGAGGUUCAGGAGAUUUUGGUGCGCCGUACCUGCUGCAACACUGCCACCAACAGUUCCUCUCGCACCGAGCUGGCCCAAUGUUUUGCCGAAGACCUCUAUGGUUCCUCUCGACGACCGAGUAGCUGUUGCACGAGCUCUGAUUAUUGCUACCAGACGGAUUCGACGAGUCUCUAUGGCUCUCGGUCCUCGUUGAGUCGGAAUAACUCCAUAAAGUCAGCCUCUGCUGCGGUGCGCAAGCACCACAGGAGCCAGAGGAGCUUGCUGCCGGAACAUCGUCAGCCUAGUUACACUUCCAUUUCCUUGAGGGGCCUGAAUGCCAGUCGUCCUAACAGUCAGCUGGGUUCUCUGACCUCGAUCUUUGACCGGGCCAAGAACAUGGCCACCGAGCAGGGAUCCACGCUGGAACGUCAGAGUUCAAAGGGAGCUCUGGGCAGCACCGAGCUGCCCGAGUACGCCUGUUCCCCGUCGCCCAUUCGCUGGAGUUUCCUGGCCGAUGGCAGAUCACCCUCUGAGAUGGAAGGAGCCGUGGGAGGUCUUGAGAGAGAUCAGGAAGAGGAUAAGCUAGACGUCUGGCAGGUGCCCGAACCGGAACCCGAAAAGAAGCCCUGCAGGAAGAUCACCAGCAGUACCUCCGUUUACGACGAGGGUCCCAGCACUUCGGCGGCAGCAGCAAGGAAGCGAAGAGGAAGUAAAGGAAGUCGCGGGAGUAAAGGCAGUGGCAACUAUCAUUGUGAGUUCGAGGACGAGGCAACCACGACCGUGAUGUUCCACCAGGACGCCGGCGAGGCCUACAACAAUUGCUGCAGCAACAACUACAACUACAUACAAUGCAACAGCUACUUGGAUCAGGACCUGCAGAUCACCAGCGAGGACAUCCACCAGUAUCUGUCCAAGGGCGAUGCCACGGCCAGCGACAUCCUUAACAACUCCAAGAACUAUCCCUUUCAGCCUUCCAAUGCUCUAGAGUUUCAGUACAAGAACAACUUCCAGCAGGGCCAGAAUGCGACCAACAACAACACGAACACCACGAACACAGCUUCCAGCGAUGCUGCUGAGUGUUUCCAGAACUACAGGGCCAUCUCUAAGGAGACGAAUCUGAACCAGAGUUCCACGGAACAGCUCUCGCCCACGGAUAUCAACUUGUCAACGAGUUCUAACAAUAUCAACAUAGUGUUCAGCAGCAGUCUGGAGAGGAAUGCCAACGAGGUGAAGUUCAUAAACAACAGGAGUGGUGCCGCUAACAACUCCGAGGUGGGAUGCGAAGGCCACCAUGCCGGCUAUCUGCCCUACACCUAUCCCAGCUAUGACUACACGAACAUGUCGGGUAACUCCCAUUUCGAGAAACCCUUGGGUAUCGACGAGUUACCCAAGGAGUUCGCUGGAGUCGGGGGACUGGAGGGAGGUGGUGGCGCCUCCACGACCAGUGAGCACUCCUCGUCGCUGCCGUCGCCGCAACCACUGACGCACCACCAGCAGCUGCACCACUUCGAGUCCUUCGACGCCGCCUCCGAACACAAUUUGCUAGCGCAACCCAUGUCCCCGGGAUCACCGCUUUCGGGGUCCGUUAAUCCCGCUGGGGAUGACUUUGUCCAGAUGCAUCACUACCAUCACGCUAACUCACCGCACUCACAAUCGCACCACAGCCACGCCCACACCCAUGCCCACGUGCACCACCUGCUGAACCACCCGAACUCCUCGCACCACGCCUACGACCUCACCGAUGAGCAAUUCCGGUUGGGAUCGGCCCUCAAGCGAGUGCGCAAGCGAGCACGCAAAUACACCGACUUCCUGCGCAAAAAGUGAGCGAUCGCAGUUACGGAACUCACUGCAUCCUGAAUCCUGCAUCCCGCAGAUUCACCCUACUUUGGUCGCAAAUACCUGGUGGUCUCGAAGCGACGGUCGCAGAGCCUGGACGAAGACUAACCAUGUGGCGACUGGACAAGCAAUAUCUAAGGCAGAGGUGUUGGACAGCCGAUCGAGAGCCAUAGAUACAUUUAAUUACAAUUUUUACACUGCCAAAAAAUUAAGAAAAUUAAUGUUAAUUUUGUGCUAAGCCAAAACUCUGUUUAAAGCGAGAAUCAGAACGACACACUGAGAAAAACUCAGAGCACCAAGGGAGAUGAGUGGAUUUUGAGGGGUGGAAAUAAUCAGGUACUAAAGAUUUCAUCCCUAUAGUUCUUGAGGCGUCAUUCGGUACCUGAACUUACUUUAAGCCCCUCGAAAGACGCUCCCCCUAAUGCACAAAUCACACACACACACGAAUCACAUCAGCUGCAAAAGACAAGAGGAAGAUGAACAACGACUAUUUUAAAUAAUGAAAAGAAUACUUAAGCUAACAGUGCGUAUACAUAAUAAAUACAAGCUAUAGAGCGGAGAGCAUUUGUAUAUUCAAGUUAAACAUUAAGCGAAGGUUUUGAAUUUGCAUAUUUAAAUUGACUAAACCCAUAUACAUAGUUAAGAGCCAAGGCAAAUGGAAAUAAUAAUGCACACCUACUCAAGCCUAGAUGAUAGACAACCAAUCUAACAUACCAGUUAAAGCUAGCUAUAAGGAAGCGACGGAUCAGAUCGGAGCAGCGCCACAAGAUUUAGAGUUUCAGCAACCGCAACCGCAACUGCAACUGCAACUGCAACUGCAACUAAGUAAUAAUAUUAACCAUUUAUUAACGAACAAAGCAGCAAGAGAACAGCAACUGUAGUUUGGCACACUAAGGGCAACAACCAGUUUAAUGUUAAAAGAGAUGUUAAGAUUACGCAGAAGGGCGGAAGUGAGAGUUUUGUUAGCAUUUAUUUGAUAUGCGCGUUUUUCAGGGACUGCUUGCGAUUUUUGUAAUAAAGCAAUAAGCCGUUUUGCUCAAGGAUUAAAUACGUUUCCGUUCGAUUCAAGCCCACAGUUUUUCAAUUUUCCACAAGUCCCCCAAUCGGUUCGAUUCACGUGUGUAUUAUCCCCGAACAACUGUCUUCCAAUUAUACUUUCUAGUCAAAUCUCUCUGCAGAAUCAGUUGCUUUCGAAAACUCAAUCAACUCAAACUAACUGUAAACUAAGCACUCCAACUUAAUUUAAUGGCCGUUGAAUCAGACGUACCUUGCGUGAGAACAAAAACAAACCGAGAAAUUGUAAAUAACUGCUGUUGAUUAAUUAAUAACCUAAUUUACGACUAACUACUAACGAACUUAAUUUGUAGUCAUUAGCCGAGGCGAAUCAUUAUGAAUUAGUGACAGAAAAUAAUAAAUAUAAAUGCACUGCCAAAAACAAAGGUUUUAAAUAAAUGAACAACAAAAACAAAAACAACAACAACAACAAGAUCCAAUUGGACUCAAAGAAAACAAAAAGAAAACUCAAGACGACGUUCGCAAAACCAAAUCGAAAUGAAAACUGCUGUAAAUAUAAGAAUGAAUACAUAUAGAGAAAUCAUAGACAUUUUUUAAAGGCACAUUAAUUAACGAGGAGCAUGCAAUUUGCAGAUUUUUUACAUUAUUUUAAUGAAAUAAGCAAAAAAAAACAAUAAUGAGUUCAACGGAAUUACGAAACUAAAAAAAAACAAAAAAAACAAACAAAAAGUUAAAACGCCACGCGGCCGUGCGAUUUUGUAACAAAAUCAAAAGACAGAAUGUUAACAUUGCGUAAAGUUAAAUCAAGUAUAAAAAACAUAAAACAAGCACCACAAAACGUCGGACAGAAGAAUACAGAACCGGGAACGGAAACGGAAACGGAAACAGAAACGAACUGCCCCUAAGUUGAGUGCACUAUUCGAACUGUAAAUAACAGAUCAGACAGUCCCAACAAGAGAAAACGGACCGAGUUAAAGACAUAGAUCCAGUAAUAGGAAAUCGACUAUGGGAAUUAACUAAGACCGAGGCAAACCCUUUUAAAGUUCACGUAGCGAAGACACAAACUUACCAGUUAACCCAAAGACCCUCGAAUCGAUGAGAUUUCGGGCCAGGAUAAUCACACACACAAAACCAAAGCCAGCUGCAAGAAUUAGUGAGAUGCCGUUCGAGAUAUAUAGCUGAAUUAACACAAUUAACAAUGGCAUUAUACCCUAGCGGUUUUUUUACCUGUUUGUACUUUAGUUUGUGGUUCGGACUCGGACAUGUUCUAGCAUUGGUCAUAGCCACAUAUAGUUGUGUACAUAACUAGUUAAAUUGUGCAUACAGAGCGGUUAUCUUAAGUAUAUAAAUACACGCAAAGGUGAAUAGUAGAGAGACCCCCGAGAACACACUCAAGAACCGAUACAGACUUGACACACAGACUCCGACUCCUAUGCACUGCGGAGGGGAUCGGAGGAGAGGAUGAUGCGGAAUAAUAAUUAUAUUAUUAAUAUACAACAAUAAACUUGAACCUAGGUAUAUGAUUCUGAAUUUAAAUAAUUUUUAGUAAAGCAGAACAAAGAAACCAAAACAAAAACCAAAACCAAAACGGAAACUCUAAACACUUGAAUGAAAUUAAAAGACAACUUAUUAAAAAUACAAAUAAAAAUUGAUGAAUUAAGUAAAGUAAAUUGCUCAAUUUAGCAGAGAGUAUAAAUAAAGAAUUAUACGUUAAGUAAUAAUUUCAAAAUA